AUGGCAGAGCACCAGAGGCUGCAAGCAGGCAACCAGACCCAGCUGCUGCUCUGGCCCUUGCUAAUGUCAAGUUCAAGUGGCCCCUUGGGCAUAUCCUUCCUACCUGACACUUGCCAGUGGGGUGCCAGAGCUGAGCUCACUGCCGGCCCAAAGCCCAUUCUUGGCACCACAUUGGAUGGUCUUGAUUACUGGCACUGGACCAUGCAUCCAUGGAUGACCCAGGAUGUCCACCAGUGUAAAACAUGCUAUUUCUAUGAAUUCUUGCCCAAGCUGGAAGAUCUGCCUCAGAGGCCAGGUCUCUUUCUACAUAUGGCUAGCAUUAAUGGUGGUGACAAAGACCUAGAGCCAGAGCCUUGGUUCUGGGUCUCAAGGAACUUGAGGAAGUCUCCAGCAUAUAUGGAGAUCAUUGAGUGCUUUGUUUAUGUUUUCUCAACUGUGCUCAUGAACAGCAAAGUGCACAAGUACAACAAGUAUGUGAAGUCCAAGGAUGACAUCCAGGCUGGCCUCGCACAGGUGUCUGAACAUGACCUUGGUGUGGACAUGAAUCUCGAACCUGAUAUUGAGAGGUCCAUGAGAGAGGCCCUUGAUGAGUGCUUGUCCUUGGGGGCACCCCUCAUUGUCAAGCAAGAGCCAAGGGAGCACAAUGCAGAGCUCAAGACUGUCCUGGCCUUGACAGACCCGGGCAAGGGCAAGGGCUGCGAGACUAGAGAUAGCAACAUCAACAUGCUCCAGGGCAAGGUUGACACUAACAAUGUGAGGCAGUAUCCCUACCACCCAGACCCUGUCCACCUAGCUGCUGAGCUGCACAAGCUCUCCCACCAGGGGUUGCACAAGUACAAGUGCCCUCCUCCCAACAUGGUUCUUGCUGAUUUGCCCGGCACUAUCCAGAUCUAUCUUCAGGAGUACAACAAGACGAUCUUGGAGCAGGUUGCCCACCACGCUGAGCACAAGCUCAAGCUCAUCUGGGCUUACGACAGCCCUGUGCAUUGGGAUGACCUUGUCACUGACCUUGUUGGGGGGGAUUGGUCUGACAGCCUGCUCCAGUUGAUGUACAAAAUUUGCUGCAUUUGA